AAUACAGAACAGGCAGACGCAGAGUAGAUGCAACUUAGCUUUGUCCAACUUCUAAGAGACGGACAGAGGAACUACUCACAGAGCUCACCACAGAGAUCUUCAGACCACAGUGGUGCAGAUUGUUGCCAUGGACAACUACUUGGGUAAGCCCAAGACAGAAGGAAGGGCGUUCAUCAAUGUAUGUUUAGUGACAAGAAAAGAGGAUGCGAGGUGUGAAGAGGAGGAUGUCAACGAGCAAGAGGAAGAUGGAUAUCCGUCUGAGAGAGUGAUGCCAUGGGAGGUAGUGGAAAAGAAGAAGAUUUGGGAGCCAAGCUGUGAAACCUUCAGUUUUGCUGGUCAAGAAAUUAACAUCAAGACGUCUCUCGACUCAUUUGGCGCCCUCAUCUGGCCUGGGGCUCUGGCUCUUUGUCAAUACUUGGAGAAUAAUUGUGAGCAGAUUGAUCUAAUGGACAAGGCAGUGCUGGAGAUUGGAGCAGGGACUGGUCUGGUGUCCAUAGUGGCCUGCUUACUGGGUGCUUGGGUCACUGCGACUGACUUGCCAAACAUCCUGGGUAACUUGACGUAUAACAUCUCACGGAACACCCGUGGCCGCUGUCGCUACACCCCUCAGGUGGCUACUCUGGCGUGGGGUCAUGACCUGAAGUGCGCCUUCCCUUCCUCCAUCUUCCGGUAUGACUAUGUGCUGGCUGCAGAUGUUGUCUACCACCACGAUUGUCUGGACGAACUCCUGGUGACCAUGGAGCACUUCUGCCGUCCUGGGACCACUCUCAUUUGGUCAAACAAGGUACGGUUUGAGAGUGACCGGAAAUUCACAGAGCGCUUCAAGAAUGCCUUUGACAUCACUGUGCUCGCUGAGAUCCCACAGGAGCAGGUCAAGAUCUACAAGGCUACUUUCAGAAUGUGAGGGCUGACGUUCAGAACCAAGAGAGUGAGACUCGUCUAUAUAAGAGGGAGGAGUGAGAUACUCGAAGAAAGAUGGGCUGGUGUCAAAUCACAUGGGGAUGACGCAACAUUCCAAAAGGACAAGUGAUGUCCAGUAUCGCUUUAAUACCUCUGCCUUUUUUGUGCUAAGCAUUGCAUGUCUGUUGCUGGUCAAGAAACAGCAAUGAGUGUUUAAUGCUUCGUAUUAUGGUUAUUCGACAUUGUAUGAUGUACUCUUCAAUAUUUGUACUAUGACCACUAAAGUCUAUAACCUUGAAUGGUUAUACUUUUAUAAUGAAUAGAGUAACCCAUUUUGAAAACAUCAGGAACUCAGCAGUGCCAAUGAGCCAGUCUGGUGCAGAGUAUUCCAACUGCAAAAGGGAUUAAAGCAAUACUGCCCUCCUCAGUCUAUGAAAGGAUGACCAGCAAUUUACAACAAAAGGGUUUGGGUUGAUGUGACAAAUAUUUGUCUACAGCAUUGCCAAUUGCACUGCAAACACUACACAUUUACAAGACUUUUUUUUAACAUCCGCCAAGGUGGUUGUUUCUGUUGCCAUUUGUUCAUGUGUCUGUCGGCAGGCUUACGCAAAAACGACCUGUCUGAUCUCCAUGAAACUUCGUGGAGGUGUGCAGCAUGGGCCAAGGAAGAAUCCAUCACAUGGAGCACAUCCAGGGAUGUUGUUUCACUUUAACAUUGCGAUAGGGCAUUUGGCCUGGGUAGUCUGCUCUCCCCCAAGUGCCCUUCAAGUUUUAAAUGUUUCUAGACCCUGAUCCAGUUCUGAGAGCAUGCCUGAGUUUACCAAUAUUCUUGUGCAAUUCUGCAUCUUUCCCAGAUAUUAAGCACUGUAUUAUUCAUUUUCCACUUGUUUACAUUUUACAGGCCUGAAAAACAAUAAAAAUGCACACACACAAAUUCAUUUCUAAAUAUUGGAACAUACCACUUGCGGUUCCCUCAGUAUUAUCUCAUUAUUGUACCUCGCUGAGGCAUAUAUACUCUCGCCCUUAACCUCCAAAUUCUUGUUAGCAUAUCAGUAUGGCACACUAGAUGCAACAUUCUUUCAGUGAGAACACAACGCUGUGUCGUGGCUCUCAGGGGAGUGACCACUGGAGGAAAUGUCUGCUCUUGUUUACAGCGCUGAAGGGUGUGGGUGUCCCCCUCUUCUCUCCAGACUGGAAGAUACAACACAGUGGUUUGGCUACAGAUGUGUUGCCAGAUUUGGAGCAUAUGUCGAGUACCUCAAACCCACACGUAUGGACUAUAUAAAAU